UGCUGGACUUCUAGCGGCCGCGGAUGUGGCUGCGUCAGAGGGGCGCUUCCCCGCAGAAGGCGAGAAGGGGCUGCGCUCGAGCAGUCAAAGGAGCGGAUCCUGCCUUCGUCAGGGGUUUUGAACUCUUUGUGCUGAAACUAUGCUCGGUUUUGUCAGAUGUUUAACGAAUGUAAGGCUGCAGUCCUAUCCGUCUGAGCUCAAGAGGGCUUUCUUUUGAGUAGGCUUGCAUCCAGCUGUACUGUAAGAUACGAUGACGACCUCAUGAAUAACAGGGAACAGAGGCGGUGUUAGAGGGUAGGCCACUAGUACUGGAGCCCCGAAUAUCUGGGACGGCCAUCUGCCCUGUCACCCUACUAUGCAGGCGCACUUCAUGCAAUAAAGGUGCAGGAGUGCUGAUGAACUUGGUUGCACCUGAUCUCCCAGGAUUAGACGACUUUUUGCCCACAUGUGCUUCACAUGUACUUCCUUUCUGAGGGCUUUUUCUGUAAUCAAAUCCUCUCCUCCAGUUUUUUCAGCGGCAUCCGGCCACGCCAGGGCCUUUAGAGGCCCACAGAUGAGGAUAUGCAAACCGGUGCUUUUGUGAUGCUGGUGGUGCAGGUUGUCCCGUGGGCCUGAGUGCAGAUGUGUGCAUUACCUAGCAUAGUCUCAGCAGGAGAAUAGCAGUUUUAGUUACUUGCUUAUUAAUAACUUUUUCUCAAGUGUCCAAUCUCUCAGUCUCCAUUUUUUGCAUAAGAAAUCCUGUUAUCUCUUAUGCUAGUUUAGAUGGGGAUUGGAAUGCAGCUCUGGCUGGCUGGGGCAUGCUAGGAGCUGUAGAGCUUUUUUCCUUUGAAGAUACCCAGGAUUCUGAUUUAAAGAACAUGACAGGCAGGGAUAGUUGCCUCACCCGACAAGUACAAGGUUUGGGAAUGGGGUUGGAGAUAUGGGGAAAGGUCACCAUAUAGUAGGCCAUUCCCCCCUUUUCAGAUAUGUCCUUCCACAGAGUAUAAAAACACUAUUUUUUCAGUGUGAAGGCUCAGUCCUGGAAGACUUGAAUACUGUAAUUAAAAACAAAAUGUAUGCAUAUUCUGCCUGGGUUUUCCUCUGUGCCAUUUAAAAUCAGUUCUAUGGGCUGUUCACAAAAAUAAUUCUUUAGAAGAACUCUAUAAAGGUAGAUUGGGAGUAUGUAUGCAUUUUUGUAUCAGUGAUGUGAAGGGAUAGUAGCUUAUUAUUCAUAUUCUAAGCAGGACAAAAAUAGAUCCCUGCUUCUGAUGGCUAAAACAUUUUCCAUAACUUCCCUGUGUACCAGCUUUGUACUUAAGCAUUAGCCAGGCAGAUAAGUGGGAUGAUGGAGGAGGGAUGGAGUGCUCUAUGCUCUACAUAGGGCCAAGAGCGCUGCUGGAUAACCGGUAACUUAUGUACAAUGGUGUGCUACACAGUUAUUGGCUGAACAUGUGAGUAGUUAUUAUAAAUGUUUGUAACACAUUCCUUGAGCACCGCUGGCCCUACUCCAAUAUGUCUGCCAUCUCCAGCUUUGUGACUUAUCAGAAGAUCUGAAUGGGGAGCAUAUUCUAUGGCAUGAGCAUAGGCUCCUACACACAAGGGAGAACCCUGAAGUGCUACCAGAUGAGAGAGAAUUUCAGCAUGCUGCUAAAACUAAUAAUCUGGAUACUAUGGAGAGACUGUUUAGGAACAAUGUUAAUAUUAAUGCUGUAAAUAUUCUGAAACGCACAGCGCUCCAUUUUGCUGUUGCAGGAAAUCAUGUAUCUGCAGUGGACUUUCUUCUUCAUCACAAAGCUAGAGUUGAUAUUGCAGAUAAGCAUGGUCUUUCUGCAAUUCAUCUUGCUGCAUGGUCUGGAAAUUUGGAUAUAAUGCUAAUGUUGAUUAAAGCAGGUGCUGAUCAAAAAGCAAAGAACAAGGAAGGAUUGAAUGUCCUGCAUUUUGCAGCUCAGAACAAUAAUGUUAGAAUAGUGGAUUAUUUUAUCCAAGACCUAAACCUGCUGGAACUUAAUAAGCCAGAUGAGAAAGGGAGAAAGCCAUUCCUUCUGGCAGCUGAAAUGGGACAUGUAGAAAUGAUAAAUGAGUUGAUUUCCCUUAAAUUAUUCACCACAGAAAAAGACAAAGAAGGAAACAGUGCAUUGCAUCUGGCUGCUAAAAAUGGCCACAGUGAGGUAGUGGAAGUUCUUCUGGAUCAGUGGGAAGAAAUAAAUGAGUUAAAUCAGAAUGGCGAAACACCAUUUUAUCUGGCUGUUGAAGGAGGCCAUCAAAAAUGUGCAGAUCUCUUACUGGAAGCAGGAAGUGAUAUCAAUAUUUCAAACAAACACAGUUCCAAUGCAUUGCAUAUUGCAACCCAGAAUGGGCAUGCACCUUUGGUCACAUUUCUUAUCACUAAAAACAUAGAUCUGCAUACUCAAUGUCAGCAAAACAAUUCUCCUCUCCAUUUGGCCGUCUUAAAAAACAAUGUACCUGUGGUCAGUAGUUUAAUAGAUGCUAACCAUGAUCUAAACUUGCUCAAUCAGAGCCAUCAAACACCUCUACAUCUUGCAGCAGAUCUUGGAAAUGUGGAAGUCAUGGAGCUGCUGCUUAAGGCAGGUUGUGACCUCACCAUUGUGGAUAAGCAAGGAAAAACUGCACUAACUAUAGCUUCAAGAAGCAAUCAUGCCUUGGUUGUAGAUAUGAUUAUAAAAGCAGAGAGAUAUUACAUCUGGAAACAGAAGCACUGCCAAAACGUUGAUCUGCCAAAUGAUAACAUAUAUUUUAAACAAGAUCACAGUCUGCAGACCAAACAGAUCCGGUCCUCUCUUUGGAAUUUGGCUUAUAAUCAAUUAAAAAUAAGGGAGUGGACAAAACUAGCACAAUUCUGGAAUUUUACAGACGAGCAGAUCAAAGCUAUUGAAGAACAAUGGACAGGAAAGAAAAGCUACAAGGAACACGGGCACAGGAUGCUUCUCAUAUGGUUACAUGGUGUCUUAAUGGCUGGCCAAAAUCCAAUUAAACAUCUGUAUGAAGAUCUGGUGAGAGGGGGAUUCCAACAGAUCGCUGAGAAGAUCAGAGCAGAGAAUAAUGUUGGCACAGAAUCCAAGAAGUGUGCAGUUUCAUGAACUUAACCAACCAGGCAUGCUUGUAGCUACAUUCUAAAAUAAUUAACAAGUACUAAGCUUUUAUUUAUAAAAAGUAAAAUGCUUCUUAAAAAUUAGCCCAUUUACUCCUUACACAUUUCCUCCAAUGUACUAACACUUUAUACGUAAAAUUAUUUGGAGGGUUUUUUUUUCUUUUUUUCUCCCUGUUAAAAAUGACCUAAAAAACUUAAUGGAUAAAAUAAUUAGUACCUUCACAUGAAAUAGGUUUGAAUCUUAGGUUCUGGUAUUGUCCAGUAUUUCAUAUGCUAGUGAUUUUCUGUCAGUAAAAUUCAUUGCAGAAGCAAUGCUUUUCCUCAUGCACAAAUAAAAUUAAAAGCCAUAUAACCCCUCUUAAA